AUGUCAACAACACGAAAACAAAAGCCGUCCACAAAUUAUUGGUGUGUUGUCCCAGAAUGCACAUCGGACAGUAGAAAAAGAAAGUUUAUAGGAAAAUACCCAUGGAUGGAUGGUAUUGUAUUUAUUCCAUUUCCAACUAAAAAAAAGAAUCCAAAGUUGCGUCAGAAAGGGGUGGAAAUGAUAAGGAGGCCUCUUGACUACGAUCCAUUACCUCAUCAUCGAGUGUGCUCCAGGCAUUUUAUUGACGGCCACAAUGUCCCUGAAUUAUUUCCAUGGAACAAUUAUAAAGUUUUUACACCAAGACGCAGUACAGCUUCAAUUACAAAACGAGAGGCUGACCUGACAGUGAACCCCUCGUCAUCCAUGCCCAUCUUUGAGCAUAAUGAGGAAAUAUCAGAAUUACCUACGCUCAUAGAGGACACACUAUCAGAAGAGGUAACUAAGUGUGACAGCACUUUGUUUAUUGAUGAUGGUGCUGGGUCUAGAGUUCUUCCAGUUGCCAGUUGCAUCAACGUCACAACAUCAAGGAGUUAUUCUGAAGGAAACACAGAUCUACCCAGCCAUCAGCAAUUGCUUGAACACAGCUACAGUGUAGCGUCUACAAGUACUAUGAAGUCCAUGGGGUGUGAUUCAUUGUUUACUGACACUGGCAUACAGACAGAUAUGAGCCUCACAAGUAUCAAUGACAUUUUAUCAGAAAAUGAAGAGCUGAAGAAAAUAAUUGAUGAUAAAGAUACUUUAUUAAGAGACAUUUUCUUAGAAAAAGUUACUAAGAGUGACGAUUCAAUUAGAAAGUUUACAGGAUUACCAAGCCUGCAAAUCUUCAACACAAUUAAAGAUGCUGUAGUCAAUUUUGAUAUCAAUAUUAAGUAUUGGACAGGAAGUGAGAGUGAGACAGAGAAGCGUUAUCAAAAUCAGGGGAAAAAGCCUGGGCCUAUCAGGAAACUUUCACGAUCAGAUGAAUUCAUUUUAACAUCGGUACGCUUAAGAUUAGCUCUGCCUGUCUUUGUCAUGUCACAACUUUUUGGGGUUUCAUGCUCAAGGGUUUCAUCCAUCUUUACAACAUGGAUGUUUUGCUUGUAUCAUAAUUUCAAAGACUGUAUCAUAUGGCCUUCUCGAGACAUUGUUAAAAAGUUCAUGCCAAAAUCCUUCAGACAGAGUUACCCUCGGACGAGGGCUAUUAUUGAUUGCUCUGAGAUAUUUAUUCAAAGGCCUAAAAAUCCAACUGUCAAUGCUAGGACUUACAGCACAUACAAAUCUCAUAAUACUUUUAAAUUUCUUGUAAGCAUCACUCCUAAUGGUGCAUUCAAUUUUAUUUCUGAGAUCUGGGGUGGCAAUUCCUCUGAUAGGUACAUAACUGAGCAUAGUGGAUUUUUAGACCUUUUAUCUGCUGGUGAUGAAAUAAUGGCGGAUAGAGGGUUCACAAUUAGAGACCUCCUUACAGAGCGAAAAGCAUAUUUAACUAUUCCACCAUUUACACGCAAAUGUAACUGGGGAAAGGGGAAAUAUCUGUGUGCCAGCGACAUUAAAAAAACAAGGAAAAUAGCAAAUCUCAGAAUACACGUUGAAAGAGCAAUUGGACGCUUAAAAACAUUCAAACUUAUUUCACAAACCAUACCAUGGGACAUGAAAUCACUGGUUCAUCCUAUGGUCACUGUUGCAGCAUUCUUCUGUAAUUUACAUUGA